CGCAAUGGCUGCCUAACGUUGUGUUUACUCUUCUAUUCCGAACUGCCCGUUGUCGCCUCCGAAUGGACACGGACGUGUUCUGUAUUCAGUCAAAAACGGGUAAAAUCGGCGUCAAUUUUAAGUGUACUCCUUUAAGAUUCCAUUUUUGUUUCCACUAAGUCGUCGUCAGAGAAAAGUUCGACGUUAGCCGUUAGCUAAGCAGCUCCGGGCCACAAUGGAAGGCAGCGCCAGUGUGAGGAGAGCACUGUCCGGGACCCUCGUCCCCGCGGCUGUCACCACCGUCGCCCUGAGACAAGAGCCUCAAGAGACGGACGCUGGGAAGCCCAAGAGAAAUGUUCUCAUCGAAGAGGAUUAUAUUGAGAGCUUGGAGAAGAUCAUUCAGAGGGACUUCUUUCCAGAUGUAACAAAACUACAGGCCCAGAAGGACUACCUUGAUGCGGAGGAAAGUGGAGACUUGGAGAGGAUGAGAGAGAUAUCUAUUCGUUAUGGGAAUUCUUUGUCGAAAAACACACCGCGAUCCUCCGCACCCUACGUGACGCCAGCUAGCUUUGAAACACCAGUGGGCAACGUCGGAUCUCCAACCAUGUCUCAGACCAGUAGAGGUGUGGACGGUGAAAGCACUAUGGCUGACAAGAGAGAGGAAAACCAGCUACCCUCGCUGGAUCGCUUCCUUGCCAAAAAUACCAGCGAAGAUAACGCGUCAUUUGAACAGAUAAUGGACCUGGCAGAGGAUAAGGAGAAGAUGAAGCACUCUUGGUUGUAUGAAGCUGAAGCAGAAUUCAAAGAGCGUCAUGAGCAGAAUCUGGCCUUACCGCCGACAGAGAAGGCCGCGCUUGAAUGUGUCAAAGCCGGGCUGGAGACGUGGGAAUAUAAAGCCAAGAAUGCCCUGAUGUAUUAUCCAGAGGGUGUCAAAGAUGACGACGCCCUCUUUAAGAAACCACGGGAGGUGGUUCACAAGAACACACGUUUCAUGGGAGAUCCGUUUAGCAAAGCUCUGAAUAAAAGCCAGAUUAAGGAAGCGGCAGCACUCAAUGCACAGUUCAAGCAGGGCAAAGUUGGUCCAGACGGGAAAGAGCUGAUCCCACACGAUUCCCCGUCAGUGAAUGGUUACGGCUUUGAAAGAACGCCCUCCCCUGCACCUGGUGUGGCCGAGUCGCCUCUGAUGACAUGGGGUGAAAUAGAAAGCACGCCUUUUCGCCUGGAUGGAUCCGACACCCCGUAUGCCGAAAGGAACCACGGCCCAUCCUUUAAGAUCCCAGAACCAGGGAGAAGAGAGCGACUGGGUUUAAAGAUGGCCAACGAAGCGGCUGCCAAAAAUCGCGCCAAAAAGCAGGAGGCGUUGCGAAAGGUCACAGAGAACCUGGCCAGUCUAACACCGAAAGGCUUGAGCCCGGCGCUCACCCCUGCCCUGCAGAGGCUGGUCAACCGGACGUCCAACAAGUACACGGACAAAGCGCUACGAGCCAGCUACACGCCGUCGCCCUCGCACACAAUCGCCGGCUGCAAGUCCCCCUUCGGUGGUCCGGCCACUCCCACUGGGACGCCCACGCCGGACAAAACCAAGACGCCGAGCGCACAGGACCUUUCGUCACUCACAGACAAUCUGUUGCAGCUUCCCAAGAGGCGGAAAGCGUCAGACUUUUUCUAAAAAAGUUUAAAUGGACAUUUGUUGACAGUUAAAGGUUCGUUAUUUUGCAGCAAGACUGGAAAUCAUGUAUUUAUUUUUCAGUUUAUUUUGUGGCAGAGGGGUUAGUGCGUGUGCCUCACAAUACGAAAGGUCUUGGGUUUGAUCCUGCGCUCGGGAUCUUUCUGUGUGGAGUUUGCAUGUUCUCGCCGUGACUGCGUGGCUUCCCUCCGGGUACUGCAGCUUCCUCUCACCUCCAAAAACAUGCACCUGGGGAUAGGUUGAUUGGCAACACUAAAUUGGCCCUAGUGUGUGAAUGUGAGUGUGAAUGUUGUCUGUCUAUCUGUGUUGGCCUUGUGAUGAGGUGGCGACUUGUCCAGGGUGUACCCCGCCUUACGCCCGAGUGCAGCUGAGAUAGGUUCCAGCACCCCCGCGACCCCGAACUGGACAAGCGGUUGAAAAUGGAUGGAUGGAUGGUUGUUAAUUUUUCAUAUAGUGACCCAUUAAACAAUAGAUUCAGCUCUGCCAGAGAGGUACACACAUGUUUCUCUUAUAUGUAAAUUAACCUUCUAUGUUUCCUUACAUUAUUAAAAAAACAAAAACAUGUUCCACAUUAAGUGUCUCUAAUAGCUUUUCAUAGUGUUUUGAAAGUGCAUGUUUU